AUGAGUGCCACAAAGGCGCAGUCUCAGAAGAUUUUUGAGAAACUUAAGCUAAAAACUGCAAAUAAGAUAUGCUUCGAUUGCGGCUCUAAAAAUCCUACUUGGUCGUCCGUCCCAUUCGGAAUAUACCUGUGUCUGGAUUGCUCUGCGCAUCACCGUAACCUGGGCGUCCAUAUCUCCUUUGUUCGUUCCACAAACCUCGACCAAUGGCAAUGGGAGCAACUCCGGGUUAUGAAAGUCGGUGGAAACGAGUCUGCUACGAAAUACUUCCAAUCGAACGGAGGAUCCGCCGCUCUGGCUAGCAAAGACCCCAAAGUCAAGUACACCUGCAAUGCUGCCGUUAAGUACAAGGAAGAGUUGAAGAGACGCGCCGCUGUCGAUGCACAGCAGUACCCCGAUGAGGUUGUGAUUACAGAUGUCCCCGCUGAAACCGGCUCGAACGGUUCUAGCACACCUGCUGGUGAUGGUGACGAUGAUUUCUUCUCCUCCUGGGAUAAACCAGCUAUCAAGCGCCCUAGCAACCCUCCUUCUCGUACCGGUACCCCACCAGUUGUCAGCCGCACUGCCUCUCCCUUCCUGAAUGCAGGCGCCAACGGCUCUCGUUCGAAAUCUCCACUUUCAGCUUCUGAUAAGGAAUCUGCGUCACCUGCGCCGGCUGCUAUUCGGGCCACCGCCACCGUUCGGAAAACUCCCGCGACAGCGGCUGGAAAGAAGGGCAGUGUUCUCGGUGCGAAGAAGGCGCCUAAGCUUGGCGCAAAGAAGAUCGGGGGCGGCGAGGUGAUUGAUUUCGAAGAGGCUGAGAGGAAGGCUAAGGAGGAAGCUGAACGCAAAGAGAAACUGGGCUAUGAUCCUGAAGCUGAGGAGGCAGAAGCUAAAGCCAAGACCCCUAGCGCCAGUGCCGCUGCCAUUGCCUCACCUACUCCUAUUAAUCCCAGCGGGGGAAGCUUUGGCGCCACGAGAACCUCGCAGGAGAGGAACUCUAGCGAUGUCGAGCGCCUUGGAAUGGGCAUGGGAAGACUCGGAUUUGGCCAGACCUUUAGCUCAAAACCCGCGGCUGCUCCUGCUCCCAAGAAGCUGGGAUUCGGAUCUGUGGGCUCUCCCAAAUCUGCAGAAGAUGAGGAGGAACUUCGCCAAGCAAAGUCCAGAUUCGGCGCUCAGAAGGGUAUCUCGUCCGAUGAGUUCUUCGGACGCGAUCGAUUCGACCCCACCGCACAGGCUGAAGCUAAGGAACGCCUUAGUCAAUUUGAUGGUGCCACCGCUAUUUCCAGCAACUCUUACUUCGGUCGACCCGAGGAUGAUUAUCCCGCUGUUGAUGACACCUACGGCGAUCUCGAGUCCGCCGCCAAGGACUUUGUGCGCCGAUUCGGUAUCACCGCCGGUGAUGAUCUCGAGAACCUGACCCACAUUGUGGGAGAAGGCGCCGUCAAGCUUCAAGGCGCUAUCCGCAGCUACCUUAACAACUAG